AAUCAGAGGAUCUCAAUGAGACUGGAAGGAAAGAAAAAGGAGACCCUCUAAACAUUGCAAUUGAUAAGAUGACCAAGAAAACAAGAGACCUAAGGAGACAGCUUCGGAAAGCAGUGAUGGAUCACAUAUCUGACUCUUUCUUGGAAACCAACGUCCCUUUGCUAGUUCUCAUUGAGGCUGCAAAGAGUGGGAAUGAGAAGGAAGUGAAGGAAUAUGCCCAGGUUUUCCGGGAGCACGCCAACAAGCUGGUGGAGGUUGCCAAUUUGGCCUGCUCCAUCUCCAACAACGAGGAAGGGGUGAAACUGGUUCGGAUGGCGGCCACGCAGAUCGACAGCCUGUGUCCCCAGGUCAUCAACGCUGCUCUCACGCUGGCUGCCCGGCCGCAGAGCAAAGUCGCUCAGGACAACAUGGACGUCUUCAAAGACCAGUGGGAAAAGCAGGUCCGAGUGCUGACGGAGGCCGUGGACGACAUCACCUCGGUGGACGACUUCCUCUCCGUCUCAGAAAACCACAUCUUGGAGGAUGUGAACAAGUGUGUGAUCGCCCUUCAGGAGGGUGACGUGGACACCCUGGACAGGACCGCGGGGGCCAUCAGGGGCCGGGCUGCUCGCGUGAUACACAUCAUCAAUGCGGAGAUGGAGAACUACGAAGCCGGCGUUUACACUGAGAAGGUGCUGGAAGCUACGAAACUGCUCUCGGAGACAGUGAUGCCGCGCUUUGCUGAGCAAGUAGAGGUUGCCAUCGAAGCCCUGAGUGCCAGCGUCCCUCAACCGUUUGAGGAGAACGAGUUCAUCGACGCCUCCCGCCUGGUGUACGACGGCGUUCGGGACAUCAGGAAGGCCGUGCUGAUGAUCAGGACCCCAGAGGAACUAGAGGACGAUUCAGACUUUGAGCAGGAAGAUUAUGAUGUGCGUAGCCGGACGAGUGUUCAGACUGAGGACGACCAGCUCAUUGCCGGGCAGAGCGCACGGGCCAUCAUGGCACAGCUGCCGCAGGAGGAGAAGGCAAAGAUCGCCGAGCAGGUGGAGAUUUUCCACCAAGAGAAGAGCAAGCUGGACGCGGAAGUGGCCAAGUGGGACGACAGUGGCAAUGACAUCAUCGUGCUGGCCAAGCAGAUGUGCAUGAUCAUGAUGGAGAUGACAGACUUCACCAGAGGCAAAGGCCCAUUGAAAAAUACGUCUGAUGUCAUUAACGCCGCCAAGAAAAUUGCCGAAGCAGGUUCUCGAAUGGACAAAUUAGCCCGCGCUGUGGCUGAUCAGUGCCCUGAUUCGGCGUGUAAGCAGGACCUGUUAGCCUACCUUCAGCGAAUUGCCCUGUAUUGCCAUCAGCUCAACAUCUGCAGCAAGGUGAAGGCAGAAGUCCAGAACCUAGGAGGAGAGCUCAUUGUGUCAGGGACAGGAGUUCAGAGCUCUUUCACUACCUUUUAUGAGGUAGAUUGUGAUGUCAUAGAUGGGGGCAGGGCUAGCCAACUUUCCACCCACCUCCCAGCCUGUGCAGAGGGAGCUCCGAUCGGGAGUGGAAGCAGUGAUUCCUCCAUGCUGGACAGUGCCACGUCGCUCAUCCAGGCAGCUAAAAACCUGAUGAAUGCUGUUGUCCUCACGGUCAAAGCAUCCUAUGUGGCCUCAACAAAAUACCAGAAGGUCUAUGGGACAGCGGCUAUCAACUCACCCGUCGUGUCUUGGAAGAUGAAGGCUCCGGAGAAGAAGCCCCUUGUCAAGAGAGAAAAGCCUGAAGAAUUCCAGACGCGAGUCCGACGAGGUUCUCAGAAGAAACACAUUUCGCCUGUACAGGCUUUAAGUGAAUUCAAAGCAAUGGAUUCCUUCUAGGACGACAGGCUUUAGCAAGAAAGCGUUUUCUUUCUUUCUUUCUUUCUUUCUUUUCUUUUCUUUUUAAUUCCAGUUUUGUAUGCGUACCUGCUGACUCGUAUGCCUCUGGCGUGGGGGAAUUAAGGAAGCAGUGUCUGUUUGCAUGUCAGAUCAGAUGUGAUCAAUACCACGGAUCCAUCUGUAGCCUGGGGAGGGGACAGGGAAUUCCUGUCCCGAGGUGGCACCGAGUUGUCCUUUGCAACAUUCUCAUAAAAUUGGGCAAAGUGUUUGCAUUGCAGUGUUUACCGGGAGCGGGGGGGAUGGGGGAAAAAUAAACUUAACUCUACAAAAGCAAACUCUAAUGCAUGCAAGAAUCAUUAGGUUGGCAGGUAUAUUAAUCAGUGAAAUAUCUGGAAGUGUCACGGUAGAACAUAAAGCUUGUAUUGCUUCUGUUCCAGUGUGAAAAAUGUCUUAGCCAAUACGCUGAAGUGUGUGGCCCACAAACUGAACACUUUACCUUUGGCAUCAUAUCCAUGCAAUGAUGUGGAUUUUUCGGUUUUUUUUUUACUAAGGGGAAACUGACUCGUCCAGCCUAAAUUGCUUCUUCGAAUCUGUAUUCUGUUCUUUUCUCUCCUAGUUGUGCCAUGACCUGUGCUUAUGUUAUCAAUUCCCCCCCCUUUCCUGAAAAUAAUAAACGUUUUUUUACAAGAAUUAUAAUCCUUCUGGGGGCACUGGACAUACAAUGUGGCGGUCAUCCUACUUUUACUUAAAGAAAAAAUUGAACUAUGAUUUUGCUAGAAAUAGGAGGCCCAGUGGUGGAAUGUUAGAGGAGUGGAAACCGACCAUGUGUGAGGGUUUAGAGGCAGAUACAUAGGUGUAGCUUGGAGUGCUGGUAUCUGAUAUGCCAUUGUAUCCACUAACUCAAAAUAAACACAUUUAAUCUUGA